AUGAUUGUUCCUGUCUACUUACAAUCACUGGACGAUAAAGGAAAAACAUUCGCCUCAGCGCUUCAGGACUCGGCCUCAAACCAAUCCUUUAUAACAACAUCACUAGCUCGAAGAAUUAACCUCGACAUUUACAGUGAGUCAUCUAUUGUAGUCAACACAUUUGGAGGGAGAGCGGAAAAAAGAAAAUCGAAGAGAAUUAUCACUUGUUUAUAUAAUACCGAAGGGGAUGGCGUUGAAGUUGAAUUGUUAACAAGUGAUCAAAUAACACCCCCUCUUCAAGUGGGUCUCAUACCUCAUCAGGACGAGGUCUUCGUUAGAGAACAUCUUCUAAACGACGAGGCUCAACGUACCCUGCACGGAGUGAGCGGCACAGCUGUCCCUGAAAUACUUCUCGGUAUGAACUACUUCAACACAAUCAUGAAGCUUCAUAAACCUGUGGAUCAAUUUCCUUCCGAACUUUUCCUUACACCGACCAUGUUCGGACCAAUACUCUCAGGAGUAGCACAUGAUGAUCACGAACAAGCUGAUAAUGAUAUUGGUAGACGGGGUAUGCAGACAUGCACGGCGUUCAACUUUAGUCAAAACGAGAUGGAUAUUUCUGAGCUAUGGAACCUAGUAGCAGAGGAGUUUUACUCCACGGUAGAAAUCAAAGACAACAAAAUAUUCCUGCGUUUCCCUUGGAAAUCGAAUAAAAACCGUUUCGCAAGCAUUUCCACUAAAUACGGUAUCGAACAACAACCAAUACUCGACAAAGAAUUUCAAAAACAACUCAAUGAUAACCUCUACGUGGACAACGUCCUUACAGACGAUUUCAUUCAAUCACUCAUCAAUAAAUAUCGAAAGUCCAAAGAGCUAUUCAAUAACAUGUCUAUGAAUCUACGUCAAUUCGUUUCAAAUGAUGACAUUUGCAAUAAAUCAAUCAAACCCGAAGACUUGUCAACCAGUAAAUCAGUCAAAAUCCUUGGCAUCCCAUGGAAUCGUUAA